AUGGCGGAUCCCGCUCCCCCGGCCGCCCCGGCAACCACGAAACAAAAGCAGUCGAGCCCUGCGAUCCCCGUUGGCCUGAACGAAGCCUCCCUCGACUCGCCGACCUUCCGAUCGACCGCUCAGCACUUCGGCGAGCACAUCGAUAACGUCGAAAGAUGGCUGGACGACUAUGUGAAGGCCACCUCCCGGGUCACACGCGACAUCCUGGCUCUCGAAGAGGGAGUUAACACCUAUCUCUCCAAGAUCUUUCCGCCUGCUGCGACUGCCGAUGCCAUCAUCGACCAUGACUACACACUGCUCGCACUGCGCAGAAUAAGUGAUGGCUCCAAGGAAUGGUGGUCACAGAUCAUGUCAACCCUCCGAAAAAUAGAUACUAUAUCCGUCGAUCCGAUCCGUUCAUUUGUUGCCGCCGACCUGCGAUCCUUCAAAGAGGUACGAAGAGUGUUGGAACAUACGCAGAAGAACUUCGACCAAGCCAUGGCCCGUUACAUGAGUCAAUCCAAGACGAAGGAGCCAUCCGCAAUUCGAGAAGAAGCAUUCGCCGUAUACGAAACCCGCAAAGCGUACCUGAAAGUCUCGAUGGAUUUCUGCCAGCUCGCGCCGCAAAUUCGUUUUAGUCUCGAUAAGCUGCUCGUGCGAGUCAGUGCUGAUUUUUGGAAAGAGAUGAAGCGGUCCCGGGAUGCUGCUACGGUGUCGACAAAAUGGGGGUCCGAAAUGGAGCGCAUUCGUGGCUGGUCUAGGGAGAUGGAAACAUCCGAGUUCGUUUUCAAGAGGGAGCUCCAAGUCGCCAGACGCGAUAUCGGUGAGAGCACCUUGCAAGCUUUCAAGCCAUCACGCGAGUUGGAAGAUUACAGCGCUUCCACUGUGCCUUACCUCGGCUCCAGAGGUCCGGUCAACGUUCAGGCUCAGGAGAACUCUGCCGUCAUUUCGGAAAAGCAAGGCUGGCUUUUCUUGAAGACUCUGUACGGGAAACCCGCUCGGUCUAACUGGGUCCGUCGUUGGUACUACUGCCGAGAUGGCAUCUUCGGUUGGCUCAUCAAUGGCCCCCAAGGCGUUUUGCAAGGCGAUGAGAUCGGUGUGCUUCUGUGCAAUGCCAAACCGGCAGUUGCAGAAGAUCGCAGGUUUUGUUUUGAGGUCAAGACCAAGAGCCAAACCCUGGUGCUCCAAGCCGAGACUCAGAACCAGCUCACCGAAUGGCUUGAGGUCUUUGAGGUUGCAAAGAAGCGAGCUUUCGAAGCCAGUAUGGACAGAGAUAGCAAUCUCUCACCUGCAGGAGCCGAUCCAGCCUUUUCUAUCACCCCUCCGCCACUACCUGAGUUCUCUGCAAGGUCUCUGGAUGCAUUGGUAGCAGGCGAAGAGCCAGCAGCUAGCUUCGAUCGGGCUGGCACUCUUCCUGUUCCCGGGUCUGACAAUAACAUUGCGGGCCGUGCCAGUUUCGAUGUAGGCGGUAAUGGACCUCGUCGUUCUAUCACGGCCCUUGGCCGGGAUCUUGGACGGGAAAUGGUCCGAGAAGACGGUGAAAGUAACCGUGAACACGCCGCAAGGAUCAUUCAAAAGCUCGACCUUCACCGCAAAGCAACCUUUGGGGCCGGCGCAGAAGCUGCUGUUGCCGCCGCUGCCACACCUAGUAGUGGCGGCAUAGCAGGCAUGAUAGCCAGCCACGGCCAUCUUCCUGGAUACCCCUCGCCUCCCCAAGGUACACCAAAGAAUGUGUCCGCAGCCAGGCUCCCUGCCCUCGACCCAGCUCAUGGGACUUUGGCCCCGUUGACCCUGGCGAGGCCACCGGCCGCAACGAAUCUGAGCCGGACCGCCGUCAUGUUCUCCGUCGACAGGAGUUUGGGAGGGGAUAACACAAGUCACUUGCCCACUGCCGUCCUCGCAAAUUACUGGGGAAGUAGUCCAUGGAGCGCAGUUUACAAUACCGGCCUUGGCCGGCCUCGCACCCCCGGACUGCUCGAAGAAAACCCUUUUGGAAUCAUAGUUCGGGAAGUGGGGAAGCCUGGCGAGGAAAAGCCUCCAACGCCUACGACAGGACAUAGGAAAACAGUCAGCGUUGACGCCAAGUUCACCCAGCCCCAACCUCAGCUCAAGCAACCAGUCGAGACAUUUCCGCCAGGUUAUCCUCCCGAGUUGAGGAUUCAACAUCACCAAUUCCGAAUUCUGUUCCCCACCGUUCCGCUCGACGAGAAGCUUGUCCUCGUAUUCCGCGCUGCUUGGUCGAGUUCGUCGGGCAAGGACUCGCCGUCCACGGGACACGGCCUCGCAGGUAAUGGCCGCAUCUACAUCACACCUGACAACAUGUACUUUUACGGCCAGCAAAUGGGUCUCGUCGUGGCAUAUGCCAUCAGUCUCGAUAUCAUUGCCGAGGUGACAGCAGCUCCCGGGAAGGAAUGCGAUUUUAUCUUCCUCCACCUGGGCGAGGACGGCAACGAAACUGGGUACACUCGCGUCACCAUCAAAGUGUUCCUCGAUAACCUCCAACUUCUGCAUGCCAGACUGAAUCUGCUCAUCGAUGACCUUCAGUCAGAGGAACCGAUGGAACUGCCCGAACUUAUUACUGCUCUGAUCAACCUGGAAUACGAAGAUUACACGAAACGCAGUCCUAGUGUUGAAAGUUGGGAAGAGGUUUCAUCAAAUACUCCAUUUGACAAUGGCACUCAUUCCGGUCGUCCGGCUAGACGCCAAAGCCAAUUUGGUCCCCGGCUCCGCCUGUCAGGCCCAAGUACUCGGCAGACGCCCAAGUUGCAGUUACCCGCCCACCCUGUAAUCUUUGAACCCGAAGACAUGCAGAGGAAGGUGGCCGAACGACACUUCGAAAUCAGCCCCAAGGCAUGCUUUCAUGUUCUGUUUGGAGACAAGAGCUUUGUGUUCCCGAAGCUCUAUUUCGAGCGUAGAGCGCAGCAAAUCGCUCAAGGGCCAUGGGCUCUGGCGGACCACGGCCGGAUGAGACGAGAAUUCCAAUUCAAGUUCGACUAUAAGGACAUCCUUGGUCGCCCGAAGACCGUCAAUGUUGUCGACUACCAGACGAUGGAUGUGUUCCAAGAUCACGUUACGUACGUGGUCACUCAUGUCAAGACGGCAUGGCAUCUUCCACACUCUCAGUACUUCAAGCUGGUGACGAAGAUUGUCAUCACGCACGUGGCCAAAUCCAAGUGCAAACUGGCCAUUUAUACAAAGGUGGACUGGUCUAAGACGCCAGCCUUUUCGAAAAACUUGGUGGAGCGGCAAGCUCUGAAUGACGCUGAAGGCGAUGCUGAAGAGUUGGCGGACGUGGCAACAGAUCAAGUACGCAAGCUUGGCCCACACAGCCGAACCAAGAGAGCCAUCCAAGUGUAUGGAAACAUCGGGCAGCAGACCCAGGUGGUCGUUUUCUCGCCAGCCGAUGCAGCUGCUUCAAAGAAGCAGCUCAUCAAACCACGCACACUAACGGCCAUGCUAUUGGAGACGCUCCGCUCAUUCGGAGAGAGUGCAGUUACAUCACUCAUCAUGUGGGCCAUUGCUGGAGUGCAGAAGUUCUUCAGUGUGGUGACGGCGCACCGGCUUAUUCUUCUCAUCCUGGCCGCAAGUACGCUUACGAAUGUAUUCCUCACUUCGAAGGAGAGCUCGACAUGGUGGACAGAGAGACGGGCCUCCAAGUUUAUGAAUCGCAUUGGUGUUGGGCCAAACGUGGUGAUGAGCAAAGCCAUAUACAUGGCCGACUUGGGCGAAGCAACUGGAGCAGUUGGUCAUAACAACUCGUGGCCUGCUGACAGCGCCUGCUUCACCACUUUCCAACUGGUUGCAAAUGCCACGGACCUUGAUGCCCCGUUCGAAGACGCCGGGUCAACGUUGUCAACGGCCACAAGCCGGGCGACGGCUCGUCGGUUGCGUCGGACACGUCAACGUCUUGGAUCAUACCGGCACGAUUUGUUGGUCGCGAUGCGUAUUGUCAACAGUAUUGAGCGGGAGAUGGUACAGUCGGAGUGGGAGAACUGGCUUGCCGACGAGAACGUCCGUUGCGAUAAGCUCAAGACGGUGCUCGAAUCAGACGGGUCUACAAAGUCGAAGCGGAAUGGUGACCAGAAGGUCAUGACAUCCAACAUUGACGAGGGCAAGAGGGAGACGUUGCGGGAGUGGUACGAUACGUAUUGUGGCAGUUGUAAGCUGGACCAUGCGUCGUUGAUGAGCGAGCGGAAUUCUCUGGCAAGUCUAUAG